AGUCUCAAGCUUGAUCCUUGGCGCCCACUUUUGGCCCCCCGUGCCCAGCAUGGCGACUGCAGAGCAGAAACGGUCGUUUCCUGCAGGGCUGACUGGCGAGGCCAGAGAGUUCGUGGUUCGCAGGACGAGGCUGGAGGUGCUCCCAGCAUCGAGGGAAGCGAGGAAGAGUUGGCUGACGGCUUUUUAACACUGCUACUGGGCAAGAGAUUGGCUCCAGACAAUGACAAAGACCAGGACCAAGAUUUCAACAUCACAAGCGAGGAAAUUGGCCUGCACCAGCCUCAUGUUUCAAUUGGAGCCAACAGCGGUCGCUACAUCAAGUCGCUCAGGAUUCGGUCGCAUGUAUACAUGUAGGGUACAAGAUCCAUGGAGCAGACACGGGUGCACCUUGAGGUUUCAGCAUGGUGGAAGUGACCAAUUGAACUUGCUCAAAUAUACUUAUAUCAUUUCCCAAUUUGCUUGUUGAUGUAUGACUUGCAAGAAGCGACGGACGAAUGUAUGCUCCCAAUUACCUUCACGUGCGGCCUUGGUUUUGUGGCCUUGCAGUUUCUGGGCCUGCCAGGAGUUGAAGGAGCAGCUCAGGGAACCCCUGGGUCUGACGGCAGAGACGCCGUUGGCUCUGAGCUACCAGAAUGGGUCUCGAAACUCGGUGAAGAAGGUCUUGGAAGAGAAGCAGGGCCUUGCAGAGCAAGGAGCAGAAAAAGCUGCAAAAGCGUUGACCCACUACUCCUGGGCUGACGAGGGUGACUUCGUUUGCAUCUACGUGUCAGCCGAGGGAGAACCAGAGGCCAUUGAAGCGGCCAAAGACGGCGAUGUGAAGGUCCAAUUUGAGGCUAGAUCAGCCGAGCUGCGCAUAAGCAAAGACUCAAAGGAGUAUGCACUGAGCCUUCGCCAAUUGGAGGGUGAAAUUGUGCCUGAUGAGUCAAAACACCGUGUGAGCGCUGGGAAAAGGGUCACCCUGAAGAUGAAAAAGAAAAGGACUGUCACUUGGACGCGCCUUCAACAGAGCAAGUGA